UAAUAUUUUUCUAAUUUUUCUAAACAACAACAGAAGAUAUUAUUUUAACAAAAUAAAAAAGAAAUUUUAAAAAUUUAAAAUGGUACAAAGAGUGGGAAAUAAUGCGUCAAAAACAACUUACACACAAUCAUUUGGAAAUCCAACAAAUCGAAAUAAAUCGAAAUUUAAAGUUCAAGUUUGUUCAAAUCGCAGUCCUUGUGCGAAAACUGCAGAAUGUAGGGAUUCAGUAGAAGAGGAGAAGUUAGGUAAGGAAAAAACUAAAGUUAAAAUGAAAAUACAAGUUCAUGCUAUGAAGAAAAAAAGACCGGCACCUUCAAAAACUUUGACACAAAAAGAAUAUGACGAAUAUCAGAAAUACAAUCGUUUGACGAAGGAAGAACAAGAAGCAGCUCUUAAAGCAGAGAAAGAAGAAAAGGAAAGACUUAUAAAAGAGAGUAUGGAGAGAAAAGAAGAAUUUCGUAAAUUAGAUCAAGAAAGGCCUCGAGAAAAAUGUCCGCAAUUGAUCGAAAUUGAAGAAGAAGCCAGAAGAAGAGCGAAGUAUGUCCUUGAAAGAGCAGAGAACAUGAGACUUGAACAGGAGGAAGAAAUUCAAAAAUGCAAUAGAAUCAUCUUAGAAACUAAAUGUCGAGCCAUUCGAGAUGCCCAGGUAGAAGAAAAGAAGUUAAUUAAGCAUGAGAUGGAAGAAGAAGAAAAACGUCUGAAUGAUAUGAUGGAAAACGAAAGAAGAUGGGCGAUCAAAGAAGAAAUUAGAAAGGAACAAGAAGAAGCAAUAAAACGACAAAAAUUUGCUAGUAGUUUAAUGGAUCAAAUAAAAGAAAAUGAAGAAAAUAGGAUAUUAGAAUUUGAAAAGAAGCAAGAAGAAAGUCGAUUAAUUAAUUUAAGCAAUAUUAAUUGGCAACAAGAAGAAAUUUCAAAACUACGAAAUAAAGAAAUUGAAAACGCGCUAAUUCGACAACAACUUGCUGAAGGAAAUGAGCAAUUGAAACACUUAAAAGCUAUGGAAGAACAAGAAAAUAAAAUCAUUGAUCUUAGGAUAAAAGAAUAUCAACGCUAUAAAGAUGAAAGAGAAGCAAAACUGAAAGAAGAACGAAGAUUGGAAAAAUUAAAAAAAGAAAAAACCAAAGAAACUCUUGCAACACAGAAGUUGCAAGAAAAAGAUAUUCAAGAACGACUCGAUGAGUUGACUGCUGCAAGAAUUCAAGAAGAAGUAGAGAGACGAUGGAGACAAAAAGAAAAAGAAGAAGCUUUAAAAAAAGCAGAAGCACAGAAAUUACUUAUCAAAGAAAGAGAGAAACAAAUAAAUAAUAAACGAACAAUGGAAGCAAUUGAACUUGAAAGGGAACGACGUGAAUUUGAAAAAAUUGUACGCGUUCAGAGGGAAGCCUUCUGUCGAGAACAAAAAGAACUUGAAAAGAAACAGAGACAAGCAUUAAUUCAUAGAAGUGAAAUUCUAAAACAGGUAAAUAAUAAAGAAAGAGAACGUAUCGAAGCAAGACAAAGAAUGUUUGAAGAAGGUUUAGCAAUUCGUACAGAAGCUGAGAUGCGUAAGAAAAAAUUGCGCGAAACAAUGGAUAAAAAAUGUGAUGAAAUGAGAAAGAACAAAGUGCCUGAAAUGUAUAUCAGUGAAGUGAAACGAUUGAUCAGUAAUAUACAAUAACUUUGCAACUAUAACUUAUUUAU